UGCUCGACUGGCCAGAAGAGCCUUGGCUUGCGCCGUACUUCCACUGCGGGCGCGACUCCCCCUGAAGCCCUGACUUGGACUACAUUCCCCGACAGUGCAAAGGCUGACGACCACGGCGGGGAGACUGCGGCAGCGAGUGCCGACGGAGGACCGAGGCCGCAGGACUGCGCCGAGCUAUUGCCGCCAUGGCGCUGGAGGAGGAUCCAUCCAAGAGGCAAGCGGUCCCGCCCAAGAGGACCCGGGCGAAGCAGAAGCCGGAUGCUGCCGAGGAUGGCGGCAUUCCAUCUCUAGAGGCCACCAGCGUAAAGCGGCUGCAUGCAAGGCCUGCCAAUAAGGACCCGUUUCCACCAACGACGAGGUCCCGGUCCGAGAAGCCGGCAGCGCCGAAAGCCAUCGCCACCACGGCUUCUGCCAAGGUGAGAAAGGCCUCAGAUGAACCGGCACCAGCCGCCGAUGUGAACGUUCCGCCCACCAGCAAGGGACUUUCAGGGAAGGCGCAGAGGUUGAGCCGCAAGACGCGAUCGUGGAGCUCCUCCCGACGAUGGCGGCAGUCCAUCUCAAGAGGCCACCACCUUCAAGCAGCCGCGUGCAAGAGGACUGCCGAUAAGGACCCGUCUCCACCAACGACGAGGUCCCGGUCCGAGAAGCCGGCAGCGCCGAAAGCCAUCGCCACCACGGCUUCUGCUAAGAUGAGAAAAGCCUCAGAUGAACCAGCACCAGACGCCGAUGUGAACGUUCCGUCCACCAGCAAGGAACUUUCACGGAAAGCGCAGAGUGCGAGCCGCAAGACGCGAUCGCGGAGCUUCUCCCGACGAUGGCGGCAGUCCAUCUCAAGAGGCCACCACCUUCAUGCGGCCGCGUGCAAGAGACCUGCCAAUAAGGACCCGUCUCCACCAACGACGAGGUCCCGGUCCGAGAAGUCGGCAGCGCCGAAAGCCAUCGCCACCACGGCUUCUGCCAAGGUGAGAGAGGCCUCAGAUCAACCGGCAUCAGACGCCGAUGUGAACGUUCCGUCCACCAGCGAAGGACUUUCACGGAAGGCGCAGAGGGUGAUCCGCAAGACGCGAUCGCGGAGCUCCUCCCCGAGCAAAGCCACCUCUGCCACUGCCAAGGCUACCACACGUCGACACUGCUCGUGAACUAACUCCCAUAGCAGCAGCAGUCACCGUGCCAAGAGGGGAAGGAGCCGUGGUUGAUCUGGGCACUCGUCCCGCAGCGGCCCUGGUGGCCACAAGCGCAAAGGCAGCCAACGAGGAAAGUCAACCACCAACUUGGAGAGCAGCCACGGAAGAAAGACGGGUAGGAGAAAGAUCCGACGUCGCCGCUCCAAGAGCAGCACGUCUGCAGCGAGCUCGAGCGCCAAGGGUGGCAAGAAAAGGCGCCGCAACGCCCGUUGUAGCCAUUCGUCGUCGAGCAGCAGAGAUAUAGGCGAGUCAAAUCGAAGUCGACGACGAGACUCUGCUUUUCCAAUAAUGCGUUUUCAUUUUUGGUCCAAUUUUAGAAUGUUCAUCCAAAAUCGCGAUUUUUACGGUCUAAUAUGGAAUAAAUUGGUUUAAUU